AUGGUCGACGGCAACAUUCCUGGCGAGAGCAAUGCGCUCAUGGUCCGCGCGCCGGCUAUCAUCUUCUUCGUCCUCACGCCCAUCUUCGUCGGGAUUCGGUUCUGGUCGCGUAUCAAGAUGAGAUCAGGGCUAGGAUGGGAUGACUGGACGAUCUUGUUCUCAUUUGUCUGCUGCCUACUUGUCUCAAUCCUGAUGAUGGUAUCGUGCGAAUAUGGCUUUGGUCAACAUAUCAAGAACCUCUCCAAGCCCAACAAGAUCAUGACAUUGAAGCUCUUCUAUGUCGCCCAAAUCUUCUAUAAAAUCACUAUCAACUUGACCAAGGCAUCUAUCCUGCUUCUGUACCUGCGCAUCUUUGUACAAAGAUAUUUCCGAAUACUCUGCUACACUCUCCUCAGCAUCAUCCUGGCGUACAUGGUCGCGACCUCGGCGUCGUCCAUUUGGCAGUGCACCCCCAUCCCACGUGCUUGGGACAAGACCAUCCCCGGAACCUGCAUCAGUCUCACCAUGAACUGGUACGCCAAUGCGGGCUUCUCUAUCGCAACCGAUAUCCUCAUCAUGGCGCUGCCCCAGCAUGUGCUCUGGAAAUCGAAGCUUCCGAUAAAUCAAAAGAAGGCGCUCAUGGUUGUCUUUGCUCUCGGCUUGUUCGUCACGAUAACGAGUAUUCUGCGCAUGACGACAUUGGACUUUUCCACUACCAGUCCUGAUACGACAUUCGAUAUUGCUUCCACCCUCUGGACUCUUAUCGAAGACAACUUGGCAAUCAUCUGCGCUUGCCUGCCCAUGUGCCGGCUCCCCCUGACGUACAUCUUCCCUACCAUCUUCGCAUCCAAGCAAGGGUCCUCAAACGGCAGCUCGGGCUAUGGCUCAGCGCCUCGAUCGAGCAAGGGAAAUUUCACGCAUGCCGGCACCAGCCGCAACGACUGGCACCCAUAUCAAGGGCGAGAGGAGAAGACGGCGACCCACCUCACGAGCGUCCACGCAAACCGAUCCAGACUAGGAGACGACUCGAGUGAGGAGUACAUCCUCCAGUCUAUACCAAAAGACAGCGGGCCGAGUAGUGCGAGGAGGAGCGAAGACCUCGAGGACGCAAGGGCGAUACGGAAGACGACGGAUUUCCACAUGACUUAUGACCAGGGAGGACCAAGGGCUUGA